AUGCUUCGAACCCAGCUAUCCUCGCUCCCGUUUAAAGAUCAUCGCUCACCUAGUGAACUCUUUUGGGUUAAGCAUCAACCGUAUUUGGAAAACCAAGGUUACCUGCUCCGCCCUCGGUACCAUCCAGACUGGUGCCCUUCAUGGAUCCAAAAGGAUGGCACCAACUUGAGAGAAAAGAAUUCUUUUCUGCUCUUCGAGGACCAACAUCGGUCGAUUUAUACGUCCGUUGUCUUAGAUGCAAUUCGGAUCGAGGAUGGUGUCAAGGUCGCCCUUCGUAUCGUACCAGUAGGUUCACAGGAACUAGCUAUGAUGAUGCACCUCUCCUCGCCCCAAAUGCGCUCCGACCCACGCAACCAUACCGUUCCUGUUCUGGGAACUAUACCGAUACCUGGCGAGGAGAAUGACAGGGUGUUUGUAAUCUUGCCUGUCCUUCGAUGGUUUCACCCUCCGGACUUUCACUGCCGACGCCAGUUUGCCGAUGCAUUUCGACAAAUAUUAGAGGGUAUAGAUUUCAUGCAUGAAAACAACAUCGCGCACGGAGAUGCAUGUACGCUCAACUUCCUGAUGGACGCCACCAAUGUCUGCCCGAAAGGCUUUCACAUGGCCGAUACAGACAGCAUAGACGAACUUGGCCAUGGACUUCAUGCAAGACCACGGUGCCUUACCACAAAGCACUUUCCCGAGGGCAAGGAUGCUGCACGGACCAUAGAGCUAAAGUGUCAGAUAAAGACUUCGCCAGAAUUUCUCAGUGCCCCAGUGCCGUACAAUCCAUUUCGACUGGACGUCUACAACGUCCGUGCGACAUUUCUCAGCUUUUGUGAGAAGUAUGCUGGUGUGGAUGAGUUCAAGCCGUUCUGUGUUGAGAUGAUGGCUAAAGAUCCAUCUAAAUGA